ACUUGACGCUGAUUAGCAAAGUAGAGUCGAUAGAUUAGGUGUAUGAUAAACAUCAGUGUGUACGGCUGUGUCUGUGUGGGACGCUAGCCAGCCCAGGGAAAGUGUUCUUCCUCGGAGUUUGGAUUUGUACCGUGUGGCCUCCGCCUAACCAGCGGGGACACAGCAUAUGUUAGGUGGGAGGUUUCCAUUCAGUUAGCUGGCUAGCUCGUGUAGACUUGGUCCAGCUGGCGGUAGCUGGGAGCAUCCCGCUAGCAUAGUAGUUAGCUAGCGAGGUACACCUGAAAGAAGUGAGGUGGGGACCAGUGCUACAUCCACUAUGGCAGGGGGCAUAACAGAGACUGGGGACCCCUACUCCCCAUUUGUGGGGUUGGUGUACAUGUUCAAUCUGAUCGUGGGCACAGGAGCUCUGACCAUGCCCAAGGCCUUCGCUACAGCCGGCUGGGUGGUGAGCCUGGCGCUCAUCUCCUUUCUGGGGUUCAUGAGCUACAUGACUACCACCUUCGUGAUCGAGGCGAUGGCAGCAGCCAACGCUCAGCUGCGCUGGAAGAGGAGAGAGCAGGAGGAGGUCAAUGACAGCGAUUCCACCUCCGACUAUUCAGAUGAUGAUGAUGUCAUUGUCAGGGGCCGCGCGGAGCCGGAGACGAGACCCAUCCUGUCUAUUCAGAGAUCGGGAGGGCACGUCGAUCAUUUUGACAUUGUGGAAAGGGUCGAGAUGGGUCAAAUGGCCUCCAUGUUCUUCAACAAAGUUGGAGUCAAUAUGUUCUACAUCUGCAUCAUAGUCUAUCUGUACGGAGACCUGGCCAUCUAUGCAGCUGCUGUACCUAUAUCACUAAUGGAAGUUGCCUGCGGAAACCACUCCUGCAGUGCCGGAAGUGUGAAAUACAACGAUACAGACCCAUGCUGGGGUCCUGUCACGAGGAAAGACGCUUACAGGGUGUUUCUGAGUGUCUUUACCCUCCUGCUUGGCCCCUUCACGUUCUUCAGUGCCCAGAAGACCAAAUAUCUUCAGAUACUUACGUCACUCAUGCGCUGGAUAGCGUUCACCAUGAUGAUCAUCUUGGCCCUGAUCCGCAUCACCAAAGGCCCAGGCGAGGGCCACCCGCCGGUGGCCUCCAUCUCUGGGGUGCCCAACCUGUUUGGGGUGUGCGUCUACUCCUUCAUGUGCCAGCACUCCCUGCCUUCCCUGAUCACGCCCAUCUCGAACAAGAAACACGUCAGGGUCCUGGUGCUGUCGGACUACGUCCUGAUCCUGGGCUUCUACGUCCUCCUCUCGUUCACCGCCAUCUUCUGCUUCGACAGCGCUCUGCUCCAUGAUAUGUACACCCUCAACUUCACAGACAACUGCAACGUGCUGAACAUUCCUGCCCUGCGAUACUUCCUGGGCUUGUUCCCCGUCUUCACCAUCAGCACCAACUUCCCCAUCAUUGCCGUCACGCUGCGUAACAACUGGAAGACCUUGUUCCAUCGGGACGGGGGCACGUACCCGUGGGUGGUGGACCGCAUCGUCUUCCCCCUCAUUACACUAAUACCCCCAAUCCUGGUGGCCUUCUGCACCCACAAUCUGGAGUCCCUGGUGGGCAUCACCGGGGCCUACGCCGGCACAGGCAUCCAGUACGUCAUCCCAGCCCUCCUGGUGUACUACGGCCGGCGCCAUCUGGAGCCCGUGAUGGGCAGGGAUGCAGUCAACAAGCACCAGUCACCCUUCCGCCACUCCUUCUGGGUGUGGUUUGUUGUGGUGUGGGCCACGUUCUGCCUCAUGUUUGUCACAGCCAACAUCAUCCUCAAUGACACCAAGAAAUGAGGACGACACACACCGCUCUAAAAACUGACAUUUUUGUUUUUUCUGUCAUUUGGUCAGUCUCUUUGCUCCUGUACCCGAGGCCUUAUUGAACUUGCUACUGGUUGGACAGUGUGCCUUUUUAUGGGACUCCUGUAGCAUGUAUGUUUAUUGUUAAUUAAUAGUAAUUUAUCAAACUUGUUGAAAGGGACCAAAUGUCUUGUGAUUGUGGACAGGCAUAAAAGCUGGAAGACAACAACAGUGCAUAAGAAAGGGAAAAGAAAAGGACAUGGCUUAUUGGUUAAGAGGGUGCUUUUGUUAACAUAAGCUGGACAAUCUAAGAUUUUUGCAAGGUUUUGCACUUCAACAAUUCUGUUUUUGUUUUUGUUUUUUUAACUUAUCAAGUAUCCAAGUGGUCUUGCGGACAGCUGAUGAGACUUGUAUGUUUUCUUCGUCGUUUCCGUAUGCCUCGCUGAAAUCUCAAAUAAAGAGAGGAGGAGAAAGGGUGUAUGGGAGUAUGAGCAGAAUAACUGAUGUCCCAGACUUUCAGGACAGAACGUUCCAGCAAAAUUCAACUUGAACAUAAUAUAUUAAAGCAAUUGUGGGAGCACAGUAGCGCGAAGAAAAAGAACCUGUCAAAUGCACGCUCAUGUUCCAUUGUAAAAUCGCAUGGCCUCUACACAGCUUAAUAAUGAAGUUGGAACAGAAACCAACAGAAGGAAAAAAAUGAAUGAAUCAGGGAUAAUCAGUCUUUUGUGGCUGACAUUUAUACAUUCUUCACUGGUGGCUGCCUCCAAUCUCGUCUUCCCCUUGUGAACAAUGAAGCUCCCUCCAUGACAGAUCCACUGACAGAUAGGCCUGGAGGAAGAGCUCAAUCUCUGUUUAUCACCCGACACACACAUCUGUAGUUCACACACAGGGCAUGUCUGCCAUCUUUUACUGCUCAGCACCCAUUCAUGACUCUGUCAGCCUCACAUUGUAUCUAUCACACACCCUAAAAACCUGUCGGGCCAGUAAUCUACAGCAGUUCAACUUGGGCCGUGUGCAAGUUAUAAGUAGCUAACAGCAGAGGCCAUCGACGAGGCCGAGCUGCGACCUUAGCAAUGCACCGCAAAUAUUAAUACACACCGAUUUACAGAUGCUGACAAAACGUAAAACUUUUAGCUAGCUGAUGUUUUUUUCUGUCAAGUUUAAAUGUAUUUCAUUUCUGUUAUGUGUUGUUCUCUGCAGCCCUCUAAUGCCCUUUCACUGUUGACAGCUUCCUCUCAGGGUUGUGCCUACAGUAUGUUGGUGAACUUCAUCAUUGCACUUAACUCUUUGCAUUACUGUUCCUUUUCGUGGUUUUAUCGCCCGUUCGUCUUUUCUUGUGUUCCAUGUGCCAGUAGAGUCAUGAGGACCUUGGACGCGCACAAACCUAUCUUAUCUGAAGAUGUAAACCGUGAUCCUGUCAGCGUCACUGCUGAUACCGCCGCUCAAUCGAUCUACGCCUGUUCUCUAAAUGGCUGAAUCGGUUUAGCGCCGAUAAAGGAAAGCUCUAACUGUCUGAGCACACUAAUGGCGUAAAAAGGAAAAAAAAAAUGCUCUCAUGGACAUUUUGCACCCUCCACUUGCAACAUUGCACAAGUUUGCACACUUUUGCCUUUGGCAGUUACUUGUUUCCAGGAGCAUAUGUUAAUGUUUAGCGGUCUACUAAACAAAGCAUUCAGAUGUUAUUUUCUGGUCCUCAGUGAUAUCCUGAUACCAUGGAUUGAUGCCAGUGUCACUGCAGUUGCAGCGGAUUAAAAACGCACCACAGAUAGUGUGGUAUAGCUCAGUAGCUGAGGGAAACGUGCCAUACUUAAAGCAUUUUUAGGCGUUGCAGCUGUAAGUUUUGCAUCGUGGCAUGGUCUCAGCAUCACUGAGGGUUAAUGAGAUACCUCUAUCUGGCGGUGUUAUGUAUGAUUUGCACGGGAUUAGCAUUAUCAGGCGACUUCUGUCCUCACCAGCAUGUGAUACCGUAACUGGAGGUUCAUUUGUAACGACAGGCAUGGCAGAUUGGCGUGGGAUUAAACUCAAAUCAGUGGAUUGUCUCGUGCAAACAGAGAUUAUGUUUACCUGUAUGUGACUGUAACCCUGCCUGUCAGUCUGGGUCUGGUUUUGGGUGAGGCCGUUGGGACCCUGUAAUGGUUACCUGCAUGCAGCUAUACGUGAAAUAUCAUCCCAGCCUCAUCGUCACUCACAUGUUUACUUUGCCGUUUCCCGUGUGCCGUUUGGUUUUCCCUCUCCCCAGACUGUGAUGGAACGAGCGGCUCUCCGUCUUCAUCCGGUGUGUUGGAUUAAAAUGUAAAGUAAAAUCAGCCCAAGUGGGUCAUUAUAAAUGUAUCUAGAGACUAAAGGAGCGACUGUGUGCAUGGUUGUGUUUGUGUGUCGCCUUGUGAGUGAGUGGGUAAACGUUGAACAUAGUAAAUGUAGUUCUGAUGACUCUUGUAUGGAGUUGUGAAAUGUGCCUUUUUUACGGGUCAUUUCUUGCCCUAAACUUGUCGAUUCUGUUGUUCUGUAAUUUUUUUUUUUCUGUAAAGGAGCUCGUCAGUAACAUCUUGCAUGGAAGCCAUUUCAUUUAAUUGACAAUCAGCGUCCCCCUACAAAUAAAAUGUAAUAAUCUUUGUUUGUUUGUUUGUUUGUUUGCCUGUUUUCAGUGGAGUUCCUCACAUUUUAAUGUAACUUUGAGAUGUGUUUUAUUUCCAUGUUUUUUUUUUUUUUUUUUUUGUUCUGUGUUUCUGAUUGUGCUUUACAAUGACUUGGCCAUAGAAAAUUCUGUUUCUAUGGAUUUGGCCUGCCUGUGAUUCAAGACAUUACUUUGAUAUUUAAUGCAUCACUUCAACUUCUGUUUGAUUUUUAUGUUUCACAAAAAAAAAAAAUAAUAAAAGCUUUAUGUUCAUCUGGA